AGAGACAGCGCGCGCCGGGACACAGAGAGGCAGGCGGGGUGAGGGAGAUACACACACACACACACAGACACACAAACACGCACGCAGCUUGAGUAUUUGCGUGUGUUGAGUGUGUUGCGUGUGUUGCGUGCAGGAUUGGGCAGUCAUGGGGGCGUAUUUGUCCAAGCCAGUCAUUGAGAAACAUAGUAGUGAUGAUAAGAGACAUGGUGUGUGUUAUGGCGCUUCCUCCAUGCAGGGCUGGCGUGUGUCCCAAGAGGACGCUCACAACGCCAUAUUGGACUUUGACACAGACACACACCUCUUCGCUGUGUACGACGGGCAUGGAGGUCACGAGGUCAGCGCAUACACUGCCUUGGAGUUGCCGGAGGUCAUCAAGAACACUGACACUUACAAGGAAGGCCAGAUUUCGAAGGCACUCACCGAUUCCUUCCUGCAGUUUGACGCCACACUGGUGCAGCAGGAGGUGGUGGCCGUGCUCACCCAGAUAGCCAGCAGCAAGGAGGAGGCUGUCGAAUCAGAUGACAGCGAGGAAGAUGUGGAUGACCUGUACCGCGAGGCCACCAUGCCGCUUGCCGAGGUCAUUGCCAAGUAUGCAGACAACCCUCAGGUCAACAGAUGCAAGGACAAAAAGCUGGCGGCCUCUCCCUUCCUGAAAGCUAAGAGUGGGGAGAGUAGCAGCAGCAUUAGCAAGGAGGAGAAUUCAGCCCAGGAAGAGGAGGAGGAAGAGGAGGAGGAGGAGGAGGAGGAGGAGGAGGAGGAGAAGAAGAAGAAGAAGAAGGAGGAGAAGAAGAUCGCUGCCUCCUCCUCUUCCUCCUCUCUUCCCUCCGCCUCAUUAAACGGAACAGAGGAAGAGGUGAAGAAGGAAGAAGAAGAGGAGAAAGAAGAGGAAAUGAAGACCGAGGAGGAAGAUGCCAAGAAAACUGAGAUGAACGGGACAAACGCAGACAAACCACUCACAAACGGCCGGAAGAUAGAAAACGGAGACCAGGAAAUCAAAACGGAGGAGGACGAAGACUCGAAAACGCCAGAAAACACCACCAAACACCAGCAAUCACCACCAAACGCCACCAAAACAGAUAAUCUAGAGACGUCACUUAUAAACGGUGAGACUGACGGUGGAGAGAAGGAGAAGGAGGCUAGCGAGGGGAAGAACGACCCCUCAGAUAGGCCUAGGAAGGGGAAAAUGAAGGGGGGGGGAGGGAAAGGAAAGGGGCUACUCAAGAAUUCAGAAGUAGUGGCCAUGAGAGAGAGGAGAGUGAAAGAGAAGAGGAGAGAAGCUGCAAUCAAAGCUGCGGAAAUUUACAGGAAGAUCCAGGAAGGCGGGGAGGAGGAAGAGGAGGAGGAGGAGGAUGAGGAAGAUGAAGAUGAGACUUUUGAGGAUACUGGUGACAUAGAAGACGCUGAUGCAGAAGAGAGCGAAGAUGACGAAGAGGAAGAGGAAGAAGAGGAGGAGGAGGAGGAGGAAGAUGAUGACGAUGAUGAUGAGGAGGAGGAGGAUGGGGUGGAGGCAGAGGAAGACGAGGAUGACCCGUACACUCAGUUUGCCCUCAACAUGAAGGAGGAGCCUGGGUUCGACAGCGGGUGUACAGCCUGUGUGGCGUUGGUACGCGGGUGUGAGCUGUAUGUGGCUAAUGUGGGUGACUCGCGGUGUGUGGUGUGUCACGAUGGUGUGGCUCUUGACAUGUCCCUGGACCACAAGCCAGAGGACGACCCGGAGGCCACCAGGAUCAGAAACGCAGGUGGCAGGGUGACAGCUGACGGCAGGGUGAACGGGGGUCUUAACUUGUCAAGGGCCAUUGGUGACCAUGGCUAUAAGCAGAACAAGACACUAUCAGCAGAGGAGCAGAUGAUAAGCCCACUGCCUGAUGUCCGCUCCAUGACUCUCACCUCAAAGGACAAAUUCAUAAUAGUGGCUUGCGACGGCAUCUGGAACUCCCUCUCGUCUCAGGAGGCGUGUGAUUUUGUGGCCGAGCGACUGGACAGGAUGGCGGAGAGCGGGGAGGGGUCGCUUAGUAGUAUAUGUGAGGAGCUGUUUGACCACUGCCUUGCCCCGGACACCCAUGGGGACGGGACAGGCUGCGACAACAUGACCUGCAUUAUAAUCCAGAUCACUGACCUCCCUCACCCCCCCUCCUCCAAGAGACCCCUGGAGGACAAGGAGGAGGAGGAGGAGGAGGAGGAGAGGAAGCCACAAGAGGAGGAGGAGGAGGAGUGUCGCCCUGAAGGGAAGAAAAUGAAGAAAAGUGAAUAAUUGAUGUGAUUUUUAGGAAUGUGUUAUUAUUAUUAUUAUUAUUAUUAUUAUUUUUAUUUUAUAUAUUUUUUUUUUCAUUUGUGUGUGUGUGUGUGUGUGUGUGUGUGUGUGUGUGUGUGUGUGUGUGUGUGUUAAG